AUGCAGCAACGCGAUCGAAAUUUGGAGAGGCAGUUAUUGGAGACGAAGAAGCGUGAAGAAAAUUUGCAGAGGCAGUUAUCGGCGGUAACGCGAUGUGAAGAAGAUUUGAAGGGACAGUUACAGGAGAUGCAUCAAACCGACGUAAACUCACAAAGGCAGUUGCGAGAGAUACGGCAACGCGAAGAAAACUCGCAAAGGCAGCUGAGGGAGAUACGGCAACGCGAAGAAAACUCGCAGAGGCAGUUGAGGGAGAUGGUGCAGCGCGAAGAAAAUUCACAAAGGCAGCUCUGGGAGAUGCAGCAACGAGAAGAAAAUUUACAAAACAGUUAAGGGAGAUGCAGCAACGAGAAGAAACCUCGUAAAGGCAGUUGAGGGAGAUGCAGCAACGAGAAGUAACCUCACAAAGGCAGUUGAGGGAGAUGCAGCAACGCGGUACAAACUCACUAAGGUCUUCGAGGGAAAUUCAGCAACGACUGGAGAACUUUCAACAACAGGUGUCCAUCUUAGAAAGACAGGUGAGAGAAAAAGACCAGGAAGUUAAUGAACUACAGUUAAGUCUUUCGUCAGCCCAGCAAACAAUAAAUGACCUACAACGACAGGAAGAAUGCGACUGGGUCAUUUCCCGCGAUGAAAUUCAAAUGACCUACAAAUGCCUUGGCAAAGGAGGCUGGGGAAGUGUUUAUGAAGGUGUGUAUUGUGGCUGUACUGUAGCAGUGAAAAAAAUGCAUGAUCUGAUUCGCUCCCCUCUCAACAUACGUCUUUUCGAAAGAGAAAUGAAUAUUGCGUCCAAGUGCCGCCAUCCUCACUCGCUUCAGUUUAUCGGCGCCACUAACGAUAAGGGAAACGCUCUGUUUAUUACGGAGUUGAUGGAAGAAAGUCUAAGGUCUCUGUUGGAACAGCGUAAGCUCUCUGAAACAGAAAUACGUACCAUUUCUUUGGAUGUAGCCCGCGCACUGAACUAUCUUCACCAGAAGAAACCAGAACCCAUCAUUCACCGGGAUGUCAGCAGUGCGAAUGUGUUGCUAUGGCGACAGGAUGACCAAUGA